AGUUUGAAUGAGCGGCGACGAAAUCCAAAGCGCAAGGCUGCCGAGGCCGCAAUAGAGUCAUUAAAUUUGCCUGAUAACCUGUUAGACGAAGCACUACGGCCUCUUACAUCAACAGACAUUGAAGAGUGGGAAGGCUGGGUUGAGCUUGAAUCAGAACCUGCAUUCUUCAAUACCAUUCUACACGAUCUAGGGGUCAAAGACGUCAAGGUGCAGGAACUCUUCAGCAUUGACCAGAGCUGGCUAGACACACUGCUGAAACCAAUAUAUGGUCUGAUAUUUCUGUUCCAGUACACCCCUAGUGUUGAAGAAGAUGAAGGGGAAGAUGAGACGGGUUCGCUAUGGUUCGCAAACCAGACUACCAAUAAUGCAUGUGCAACAUUCGCUUUACUCAACAUCGUCAUGAACGCCCCAGAGGUUGAACUAGGCGACAAGCUUCGAGAGUUUAAGGAGGCGACCAAGAACCUUAACACCGUUCUGCGAGGACACGAAGUCAGCAACAACAAGUUCAUGAGAAGCAUACAUAACUCAUUCACUAGACGCAUGGACCAUCUUAAUGUCGACCUCUGCUUAGAAAAUGCCGUGUCGGACACGAAAUCAAAAAAGGCAAAAACAGGAUCCAAGGCCGCAAAGAAAACGAGUAGGAAGAAAAGAGCCGACGAUUCAUAUGGAUUUCACUUUAUCGCCUAUGUUCCAGUAGAUGGGUAUGUUUGGGAGUUGGAUGGGCUCCGAAGCAAGCCACAUCGAAUAGGUCCCAUAGAAGCCGACGAGACCUGCUGGACAAAUAUCGCAAGGCCCCAGAUUGAGGGUCGAAUAUUACAAUAUGAGGAGAGCCAAAUAUCCUUUAACCUCCUCGCCCUCUGCCAGCGCCCUGUUGCGCUGCAUUCCCACUCCAUCGCUCAAGCAGCCGCAGCAAUCCGCCUCCUGCAAGAGCAAAUGGAGCACAAUUCGGAAUUUUCUGGCUUAAUCAACGGCCAGUUACCAGUCUUGGAAAAACCGGCUGAGUUGUCCGAGUUCAAUCUCCGUUCAUCCGAUAUCGAGAACAUUGCAAUACCCAAGGAGAUACAAACCAAGAUAUCGCACGCUACGGCCAAUGUUGACGACGCUUAUGAUCUCUAUCAGCAGCUUGUCGUCGACUUAAAGGUUGCCAUUGGAGAACACAGAGCCGAGAUGAUUUCCCUCGGCGUAGACGAGCAACGCGUCAAGGAUCGUAAAAAGGAUUACGGCCAGGCGUUGCACAGAUGGGUACAAAAACUCGCAGAGAAGGGCAUUCUGGAAGAUAUUAUCGAGAAUUCCUGA